UUCUACAUUACGACGUCGUCUGCUCAGACGAGGGAGAGACAAACUUUGUUUUCCGUUUGAUGGGACGUUUAUCCUCAACAUUCCUCUCAUUCAACUGGAUGGGUCUUAGACCUGGAUCAGAAAUGGAGCAUCGCUGAAGCGCAGCGUGUGAAUUGUACACAUUUCUGGACCAGCAUGUGAGCUUGAACAAAUAUAAUCGAAUCAUAUCAGGGAAGACAUGGACGAACAAGAAGAUGUGACGGAGCGCGCGUGCACGGGCUGUGGCGGGACGAUUCAGGACGCGUUCCAUGUGAAGGUUCUUCAAGACGCCUGGCACAACUCGUGUUUUCAGUGUUCUGUGUGCUUUGAUCUCCUGACAAACUGGUACUUUGAGAAGGAGGGGAGGCUGUACUGUCACAAACACUACUGCGAGAAGUUCGGGGAGUUGUGCCAUGGCUGCUCACUGCUUAUGACGGGACCUGCUAUGGUGGCAGGAGACUAUAAAUACCACCCCGAAUGCUUUGUGUGUUUGAGCUGCAGGGUGGUGAUCGAGGAACGGGAUACCUAUGCCUUAGUGGAACGUGUUAAACUCUACUGUGGUAAAUGCUACAAGCAGGUGGUCCUGACGCCAAUGUUGGAGAAGCGUGGUUUGGCUGACUCCCCAACAGACCUGCUCCCUCACACAGUGACUUUGGUGUCCAUGCCGGCUGCCACCAAUGGUAAACGGGGCUUUUCUGUCAGCGUCAUUAGAGACUGCACCAGUGCCACAGCCAGCGUACAGGUCAAAGAAGUCAGAGGGAUGCAUAUUAGUCCAGAGGUUCGGAAUGCCAUCCACGUUGGGGACAGGAUCCUGGAGAUCAAUGGAUUGCCUGUGACAACACUAAUGGAGGAGGAGGUGGAGGAUCUCAUCCACCAGACCAGUCACACGUUGCAGCUGUUGAUCGAAUAUGAUCCAGUCAGACAGCGUCUGGACCGACUCCGCCUGGGCUCAUCCCGUAACCAGCUGGGUGUCCCUGCAGUGUCCCGUAUGCGUCUGUCCUCCCCAGCAGAUGCUGAGAUUGAGCGGAGUGACUCUGUGGACAAUGGGACAUUAAAGAGGAGGUCCCUCAGACGUAGCAACAGCACCUGCAAGUCUCCAGUCUCUGCAUCUCCUAAAGACCCCCCGGUCUUGACCCGGGAUAUCGGGCGCUCUGAAUCCCUCCGCUCCACCUCCAGCUGCUCUCAUCGUAUCUUCCGUCCCUGUGACCUCAUUCACGGAGAAAUCCUUGGAAAGGGCUUCUUUGGACAGGCCAUCAAGGUGACUCAUAAAGCCACAGGUGAGGUGAUGGUCAUGAAGGAGCUGAUCCGCUGUGAUGAAGAGACACAGAAAACAUUCCUAAAGGAGGUUAAAGUGAUGAGAAGUCUUGAUCACCCACAUGUUUUGAAGUUCAUCGGUGUUCUGUACAAAGACAAGCGACUCAAUCUGAUAACGGAGUUCAUUGAGGGAGGCACUCUGAAGGAUUUUAUCAGAGACACGGAUCCAUUCCCAUGGGAACAGAGAGUUAGUUUUGCAAAGAGCGUUGCAACUGGAAUGGCAUAUCUGCAUUCAAUGAGCAUCAUACACCGAGAUCUCAACUCGCACAACUGUCUGGUCAAAUUGGACAACACCGUUGUGGUGGCAGAUUUUGGUCUCUCUCGUCUUAUCAUGGAGGAAAAGGUCAAGCAGCCGCCUCCUGAUAAGCCUACCAAUAAGAAAAGACUAUUCAGACGCACUGACCGCAAGAAACGUUACACGGUGGUAGGGAACCCUUACUGGAUGGCCCCAGAGAUGCUCAAUGGCAAACGCUAUGAUGAGAAGGUAGACAUAUUCUCCUUUGGCAUUGUGCUUUGUGAGAUUAUAGGACAGGUAAAUGCAGAUCCUGAGUGUCUUCCAAGAACGCUGGAUUUUGGGCUCAAUGUGCCAAAGUUCAUAGAGAAAUUCCUUCCUGAGGAUUGUCCUCCUGCUUUCUUCCCAUUGGCUGUGGCCUGUUGUGACCUCACCCCUGACAACCGGCCAGCUUUUCAGAAGUUGGAGGACUGUUUCGAGGCAUUAACUCUGAAUCAGGAGUUGGGUAUCCCUCUACCGUCUGAGCUGGAUGAACUUCAGCAGAAGUUUGUAAGGACUUAUGGAGUGAGUGGCAUUGCCUCUGAGAACCAGGAUAACAACAGGACCUAAUCCAAUGGCAACAGCUGCCAACAUGGGCUGGAACUUUUUUUUUUUAUUUUAUUUUUUUUUUUUUUUUUGGAGUUUACAGAAUUGAGCCAGAACAUAUAUUUUGCAUAAAGGGAACAUGGACGCUGGUAUGCUUUCUAGAGAUUGUCAUGGCAUGCAGACAUUGAGGCAUUCUUGAACUGCAGAGUGCUGUUAAGGGAACAGGUACAUUUCAUAUAUCUUGAACUUCUUUCCGAGGCCGAGUGACACUUUUUUUUCCUUCUGUCUUUCAAACAGACUAAAUGGGAUGGUUUAUUGUUGAUUUAACCAUUUAACUCAAAACCUAUUUGAGUGCCUACCACUGGAUGACAAAUUUCCCUGAUGGAAGUUUCCCCAGUAGUCAGGCACAACUGUCAGAUUCAUUUCCACAGUGAUUUAAUGCAACACAUAUUGACUGAGUUAUGAGUUUGAUGAAGUGGUUAAUACUGUAAAUUCCCAGUGUAGCAACGCAUUGCAUUGAUCAUUAAGUAUUUUGAAGAUCGCAAGGAUUUUAAAAGCGUUUAUGGCUGAAUCUCACAAAACCUUUCAUAAACGUGUCGGCUCUUAGUUCACCUCAAAAUCAAAAGAUAGAAAUUAUAUUUUCCUUGAAAUGAAGUACAAAAAAGAAAAUGAAGCCUAUUUUAGGAUCAUUAAGAUUUUUUGCAUUGUAACUAGUUCCAUGAUAACUUAACGAGAAUAUUACAUUUUUAUUUGAAAACCGUUUUCAGUUUCCGAACAUUGUAAUUUUUCAUGAAAGUCUCCUUUGCAGUGGAGGAAAAUGCUGUUCCAGUGUGAAUGAAAGACAUAAACAUAGCAAAAUCAAUGUGUUUUUACCCGAAAAUGUAUUUUUGUGGACUAGCCAUUGAGAAUAAUGGGAAUUUAAAAAAAAAAUAAAAAAAUUACAUUUACAGUGCAUUAAGUAAUGAGAAUUUGUGUGACAUUUUUCUUAAUUGUCAUAAAAAUAAUGUCACAUUGAAAAAGAAAUCUGUUAUGAUCCUAAAAUAAGCUUUUUUCUUUUCUUUUUUACCCAUUUAUGUCAAUCUAAUAUGGGUGGUUGUAAGUAUUUUGCAGUUAUUGGAACUACCUUGAACUCUAGGAAGGUAAAUCAAGCAUUGUUGAACUAAACUGCCCCCUAUGCUUAUGUGCACUCAGUCCCUUUCCAGUAAAAUAAUAUAUGAUUGUUUCUGUACCACUAGCACUUGAGGUCAUGACCUCUGUAACUCCAUAACCCAAAGACAGAGAGUGAAAAAACUGUUAUGAAAGAAAAUAACUAGUUUCUGAGUUCUGAUUUGGUUUUCCAUGUGUGGUUUCCUGGGAAUGCUUUUCUAUAUUGUAGCUACUUGCUACAUCAGCUAUUUAAAGAAAAACUGGAGUAGUUCAUUCCACAGUCAUGGACACACCUUAUGUUCCAAGGCACAACAAGAGUUUUUUUUUCUAUGUAUCUAAACCUGCGCUGAAGUUGAUCUCUCACUGAGUGAAAUAAGUGAGAUUGUAAUGCUGGAUCUUGACCGGCCAUUUCAGGGUUUCUGACCCAUUUUUGAAAAGGUCUGUAAUCAAAACGUCUGCAGUCGCAGAUUGGAACUAAUGACGUUUUGGGAGGAUGUUUGAAAAUGUCAUUCUAACUUUGAUCACAAAUGUUUAAAUUAAAAUCUGGAUAUAUUUUUCAUUAUGUAUAGAUUUGAAGAGAUCAACAGAUGUUGGGAUAAUGUGGAUUUGUAGAUCACAAAUGUUUGUAGAAUGUUAAAAGCAUUUUUCUACACUUAUCUAAGGUACUGACAUGUACAAAAUUAUAACCACUACAUCACUGAAUUUCUUACACUGUUUCAUGAAUAAAAAUGAGCAAAUAAGUAUUGAAUGUUUUUAUUUACUCUUUUGUCAAUAAUAAUCCACUAAUUUUUCCUUAGCGUCUAAACAGCCACAGGGAGGCGCUGUUGUUUUAAGAACUAGGUGGUGGCCGUGGCUAUUUCUCCAAUAUAUAGUACGUAUACUCUCCAUGCUCAUUAUACUUGGAUUACCUAAUACGUUUGCCAAAAUGUGCAGUUUACAAGGGAGUACACCUUCCAUUUCCAUCCACCAGAUCUUUUUGUUGAUUCAUUAUUUAAUUGCACAGCCAAGAGUUGCGGUUUUGUUUAUUAUUGGGUUAAAAAUAACUUUUUAAUUAAAAAAUGGUAACUGGCAGGUUUAAACAUGCGCUUAACGAGGUCACGUGACAUCCAUGUAGCAUGCUGCUGUUUGAACUAUGUAUACUGUCACGUACUAUUUAAAAAGUAGUAUUUAGUAAUAGACUGUGCAGU